UUGUCUACGGGCAUCUCACAGGCGGCCCUGGGUUGCAUAUCAUCAUCAUCAACAGCAGCAGCAGCAGCAGCUCGGAGAGAGCAUAAUAUCGGAGUGAAGAAGAGUGCGGAGUCGAAAAAAUCUUUUGUGUGUUUCGCGUCGGCCAUUAAAACACUCCUCUGGCUGCUCGUCGGGUCGAGCUCGAACUGUGUGUGUCCCCAGCGCCAUUCAGCAUCAACCAGCUCGGUUUUCGGCGAUGAAGAAAAUCAAAUUCAAUCGCUGAAAAUCGCAUUUUUAUCGCGUUUUGUUACGGGAACCGUGUAUACGCCAAUGCAAAGUACUAGCUUAGUGUAUUCGAUAAGGUUGAAGUUCAACGCUGUAUACGUAAAAUUUUAGGAUUUUAAGAGACGGUUCUCUACGGAGGAGAAGCAGAAACACCAGCAGCAGCAGGAGCUUUUUCGGCUCUGGAUUCAAGAAGAAAAAUCUUGGAAAUCGAAGUGGUGCCAGUAGCAGCAAUAAGCAGAAGAAGAAGAAGUGUUUGUUUCCGACGAGUAUUCUAGUGAUUGAGUGUGUUGUGUGUGACAACAGAAAAAAAAAGAGAAGUGUCAAUAUAUUUUUGGAUCCAUUGAUAAUAUUUAGAGGUGAAGGUGUUAUACGAGUGUGUUUAUGAACUGCUGAAAACGGAUUCCUACCUUUUUUGCGUUUCGUCGGAUCGGUUGGGAGUACAUCAGAUAGAAGUCUAAAUGGAGGACCCCAACCGGAUGAUGAGCCACGGUGGCUUGAUGCCACCGAACUAUGGCAUGCCCGAUGGCCAAUCGGUAGAUAACGACCCCCGCAAGCAGGACAUUGGCGAGAUCCUACAACAGAUCAUGAACAUCACGGACCAAUCGCUGGACGAAGCCCAAGCACGAAAGCACACACUCAACUGUCACAGAAUGAAGCCAGUCCUGUUUGCGGUGCUGUGUGAGAUCAAAGAGAAAACAGGUAUGUACUCUGUCCUGUCGCUGAGAAACACCCAGGAAGAGGAACCCCCAGAUCCUCAACUGAUGCGCUUGGACAACAUGUUGAUCGCGGAAGGUGUCGCUGGACCGGAGAAAGGCGGUGGUGCAGGUGCGGCGAACGACUUUAUGUCGCAGUCGGACCUUCCCGGUCAAGACAAUGCCAUCGAACACUCAGACUAUCGGGCUAAGUUGGCGCAAAUACGCCAGAUUUACCACCAAGAGCUGGAGAAGUACGAACAAGCAUGCAGCGAGUUUACCACGCACGUUAUGAACCUACUUCGCGAACAGAGCCGUACCAGGCCCAUCACGCCGAAGGAGAUUGAGCGAAUGGUGCAAAUUAUUCACCGGAAAUUCAGCUCCAUUCAGAUGCAGCUGAAACAGUCCACCUGCGAAGCUGUUAUGAUCUUGAGAUCCCGCUUCCUGGACGCCCGACGAAAGAGACGCAACUUCAGCAAGCAGGCUUCUGAAAUCCUUAACGAGUACUUCUACAGCCACCUCAGCAAUCCCUACCCUUCGGAAGAGGCCAAAGAGGAACUGGCCAGAAAAUGUGGCAUCACCGUCUCCCAAGUGUCGAAUUGGUUCGGCAACAAGCGCAUUCGCUACAAGAAGAACAUCGGUAAGGCCCAGGAAGAGGCGAAUCUGUACGCCGCCAAGAAGGCCGCCGGAGCAUCGCCGUACUCAAUGGGUGGACCACCGAGUGGUGCGGCCACUCCGAUGAUGUCCCCCGCACCCGCCCAGGACUCCAUGGGCUACUCGCUCGGUUCCGGUGGUUACGAUCAGCAGCAAGCGUACGACGGCAGCAUGGGUUACGACCCGAUGGGCGGCCACCAGGAUCUGAGUCCUUGAGAUGCGGAGUACUAGAGCGCAAAUCCGGUAGUAAAGCUUAGUAAGUUAGAGUGAGUCCUAACCGCGAGAGUGCGUACGAAUAAUAAUGAUUAAGAAAACAGGCACCCCCCCCCUUCUGAAUGGCGGAUAGAGUGCAGCUGUGUAGGCAACCGGUAGAAGUUAUAGUUUAGUUCAAAAGUGGGCGAGAGUGAGAGAGAGGGACUCUGGGUUUGGAUAUAUUCUGAACCCAGGAUCAAGAACGGAGUAAAAGGAUUACUUUGUUUCGUGGUUUGAUGCACUUAAAAGUGGGUUAGUUUUAUUUUUAAGCUGAUGAUUAUUUAAAAAAGCAAAGUAAUUUAAAUUUUAUCUCAUGCGAAAAAAAAAUCGGUUUACCAUUUGCAAUCAAGCAAUUAGAAAACGAUCAUUCUUAUCGAAGGUAAGAUGACGAGUUGAAGCAUUGCUCGCUUCGUUCGUUGAUGAAUACGUACAACUUUCUCCAGAAGUAGGUUAUUGUGGUCCUAUCUCCCCCCGUUCUACGCAUUAGUGAAAUUUUACAUAAAUCAACGCUGCAAUAAUUUUAGUUAUUUACACUACGAGCGCAUUUCUAUCCUACUUUUACAAACAUCCGCCCAGAUGCCGAGAGCAGCGAUUUGUUUAUGUUUAGUGAGAGCGCGCGUACAUAUAUUAAUGCCCAAACAAAUCACCAUUCGAAGCUUGAAUUCGACCGACUCGGGAUUGAUUGAUUUGCGUGUUUUGCUUUGAGCAGAUAUAACUCCAUUACUCUAUCGCAAUACAUCACAACUAUACCUUGGUUUCUGAACCGAUGUGUUUUUCUU